AUGAAGGUUAUGCCAAUAGAACCAUCCACGUCAGUCGCUGCAAUCAAGCCUGAUUCCCACCAAGCUAGUCUAAAGAAACACUUGAUUAUGAAAUCGGGAGUGAUGAUUCAGGGAGCUAAAGUUCCAGGAAAAACAACCAAUAGCAUCGGGACCUGGCAUUCAGAUUAUGCCACAUAUGAGGUUGCGAAAGUGGAACAAGAAGAAUCGACUUGCCUUAAUAAUGAGAGUUAUGCGGGUGAUGAGGAAGAUGAGAAUAUUCCAGUAGGCUGCCAUUUAGGGCUUGAAAGGGUGGAGUGCGAACAAAGACGGAAAGCCGUCCAGGGAAUCAGGAAUUCAAAAUGUGAUGAAGAUUCGGCAUCUGAUUUUGACAAUUGUAGGAGACAUUCCGAGGAUGUAUUUCCAGGUGUCUAUGACAAACACGCUUCAAAAGAUGAAGAUAAAUAUGAAGGCCCUCGGCAUCUCAUGCUCUAUUUGCUUCAAGCAAUUUCCGAGACUCGCCUUUCUACUUCGUCAUCCUGCUUAUUUGCUCCGUUAACCAAUUAUGAGUGUUCUUGUCGACUUCCAUCCCAGACCACAUCAGGGAACAGGGUGAAUAAUACCUCACUUACUCCACAAAUGUCGUCAACUUUAGAAAACGAAUCAGUUAAAAUACAAACAUCGACUAAUGAAACAGCCAAGAGUUGUCAUACCUAUUUUUGCGACACAUCAAGCCAUAUACAAGAAGGGGAACCGGCGGAAACGAGGAAUGACAGCAUGACCUUUUCUGCUAAAGAUGAGAGGCACGCCGCAAUCUCACAUGCCCCCUGCUCUCAUCCAUCAUCCUGUUCUCCGUCUUUGCUAAGUUGUCAAUUUAGAAGUGUUCUUGACUCUGUCUUGACUAUACAGCAGCUCGAUGAAAGGUAUCUAAACAAUUGCAUUUUUCACCAAAUCUCUCAAAUACGCACAUGCAUGUAG